AACUGGCUAACUUGGAAUUGACAAUCUACCACAACACAGUUUACAAAAAUCGUAAAUUUAUACUAGUGGGAUUGAAAACUUAUAUUAUCAUAUAGAAUAUUCAUUAUUACUUCAUUUUUCGUACUUAAAGUACUAAUUAUAAAAUGACCUUAAAUCUCGGAAGAAAAGACGGCGGCCCGGGAUACGUUGGUAUUCAGUUCUGUCAAGAAUGCAAUAACAUGCUUUACCCGCGCGAGGAUAAAAACAACAAAGUCUUGCUAUACGCUUGUAGAAAUUGCGAUUACAAACAACUAGCGGAUUCUAACUGUGUGUACGUAAACAAAAUUAUGCACGAAGUAGAUGAAUUGACUCACAUAAAUCCGGAUGUCGUUAGUGACCCAACGCUACCCCGUACGAAGGACCAUACGUGUCCAAAAUGUAAUCACAGAGAAGCUGUGUUUUUCCAAGGACAAACAAGACGAGCCGAAGAGGAGAUGAGGCUUUAUUAUGUAUGUACAAGUUGCAAACAUAGAUGGACUGAGUGAAUAUUAUUUAUGGUUAUAUUUUUAGUGAUUUAAAGUAAAAUAAAGUUUAAGUAUAAUA